AAUUGCAGUGCACCACAGACAGACAUCAGAGACACCAAUGGAGACCCACAUCAGAGCAACUACUCAACUACUUGUCAUUGAAGUUAGAAUCACACAGUAGAUAUUACCAUUAGGAGUCAGUUAGAAAGGUAAUCAUAAGUAAGAUGGCCGACUACAUCAACAAACAGGUGAUUGAAUUAAACAAAGUUAAUGAAGAAAACCAGAACAGAGCAACGAGGAGCGUGAAGACUGAGACCCAUCUCUCAGAUGGAAGACUAAGACUCUAUAGGCUGGCUGCUGUGUGUUUAGGAGUGCUGUGUGUUCUGCAAGUCACUCUCAACAUCUCCCUGAGGCUGGCUUUCUAUAACAGAGGCAAUGAGACUGCGGAGAAAGACCCGCUACAGACCAGUUACAACACCCUGACUAAAGAGAGAGACCAGCUACAGACCAGUUACAACACCCUGACUAAAGAGAGAGACCAGCUACAGAAGAAAAUAGAUGAUCUCAUGUCAAAGUUCUCUAAUCUGAAACAAAAAUGUCCUGAAGGCUGGCAGAAGUUUGAAUCCAGUUGGUACUUCCUGUCUACAGUGAAAAAACCCUGGACGGAGAGCAGAGAGGACUGUCUGGAGAGAGGAGCAAACCUGGUGAUCGUAAACAGUGAUAUGGAACAGCAGUUUCUCUUUGGCCUCAAUAAGAGAGCCUGGAUUGGUCUGACUGACUCUGUUACUCAGGGGACCUGGAAAUGGGUGGACGGCACACCACUGACCACCCCAAGUUACUGGCACUCACAGCAGCCUGAUAAUGGUGGUCACAACCCAGCAAAAUGGGACGAGGAUUGUGUUGAGCUGAACACAGAAACAUGGCGUCCUGUAAAGGCAUGGAAUGACCUGUCAUGUUUACUCAAUCGUUACUGGAUUUGUGAGAAAGUGGUUUAACAACACCAUGACUACAGAGGAGAUGGUGGGAGGAAGAGCACACAUACAGCACCCUACGCUGCACACAACUUCAUUCUCUCUCUCUAAGACACACACACACACCAAUACACUGUAGGUACUGUACUCGUCACUACUUGUUGUCAAGCUGCUAUCAUGUUAUAUCACUCUGUUUAGAAUAUCCUGUCAUGUUUCACUUCCUGAUUGAAGGUGAUUGGAUACUUAAAAAAGGAUAUCAACCGUAGUGGACAACAGACAGGGAUCAGAGAAGUACCUGGUGGAGAUCCACAUCAUAGUAACUACUCAACUACUAGUCACUGAAGUUAGAAUCAUACAGUAGAUAUUACCAUUAGGAGUCAGUUAGAAAGGUAAUCAUACAGUAGAUAUUACCAUUACGAGUCAGUUAGAAAGGUAAUCAUACAGUCGAUAUUACCAUUAGGAGUCAGUUAGAAAGCUAAUCAUACAGUAGUGUCAUGACGUUGCCCUCUUUGGGUACAGCGAGCACAGUUAAACCCCCCUCCCUCUGCACCAGGCCUUUUCUAUGCACCAUCCCCCGACCUCUAUACUUCUGACACAAGGCUGUGUGAAGGCAGCCAUAAAUUCCGAAGGAGAAUGUCCUGCCUCAUGGCCACAGUAUGGAGAGAGAGGGGUUUCAUAGAGAGACAAAGGAAUUCUUCCACCUCACAGGACGGGGGAACCGAACGACGUUUAUGUUCUGGAGAAUGUAUAAAAGAUCGGUGAAGAAUCCAGCUACGAGCUGGUCCACUUGGUACAAUUUUAUGAAACUCAUAGAGACAAUAUUACCAUAAUAAUAUUUAUAUAAUAGCCUCAGCUAUGGGACUUACAUCUAAAUGGUUGUAUAAAAUGUAUUAACCUGUUGGGGGUAGGGGGCAGUAUUUACACGGCCGGAUAAAAAACGUACCCGAUUUAAUCUGGUUAUUACUACUGCCCUGA